AUGAGAUGCCUGGCAUCCAUCGCCGAUCGCCCAGCAGACAAGAUCACCCGCAUUGCGCGAUUCGAUGACUUGGGCGCCGCGAGCACGGCCUUGGGUUCCAAGAACAAGGAUUACUUGGCGUGGGACGCGAUGCUCAUUGACUAUGCCAGCAACCGGCACUGCGAGGAGGCCAAGGCGGCGUUUGAUUCCAUGCCGGCGCACACUCUAGUCUCUUGGAACGUUAUUCUCAAUGCGUUUGGGCGAUCUGGGCUCGUCGAUAGAGCAAAAGAAGUCUUCGAUUCAAUGCCGCGGAGAGAUCUGGUCUCCUGGAACUCCAUUCUCACAGCAUAUGCCCAUAAUGGGCAUUUGGGGCUCGCAAAGAUUUUGUUUGAGCAGAUGCCGCUGAGAACACUCGUCUCCUGGACAGUCCUUUUGGUGGCGUUUGCAAACCCUUCUUUUGCAGAUGAAGCGGAGAGGAUCUUUACUCAAAUGCCGGAGAGAGAUCUGGUUUGCUUCAAUGCGAUGCUCGCGCAAUACGCCAAGCUCGGGCGAAUCGAUCAAGUCAAGAGCUUGUUUCAUGCAAUGCCCGCCCGAUGUUUACUCUCAUACACAGCGCUCCUAACUUGCUACGCACAAAACCUCAAGCUGAGAGACGUUGAUCUUGUUCUAAGCUCCAUGCCCGAGACCGAUGUAAUUUCCUGGACCAUUGCUCUGACAGCAAAUGCCCAGGUAGGGCAUCUGGAGAGAGCCAAGCACAUCUUCAAAAGCAUGCCCGCAAGGAGCUUGUUUGCGUGGGCGGUGAUGAUCAACGCUUACGGAAGCAACCUCUGUCUUUCAGAAGCUCAGGGUUUGUUUGACACGGCACCGUUUCUGAACCUUGUGCUUUGCAACUCAAUUCUUGCAGCAAAUGCCCGUUGUGGGCAUCUUGAGCAAACGCAAGAAACCUUCAACCAGAUGCCAGAGAAGGACAUUAUCUCGUGGAACACCCUCUUGGGCGCGUUUGUCCUGGCCGGAAGACCACGCGACGCCAGCGAUCUCUUUUCCAGGAUGGAAUUCGCCGAUGCCAUCUCCUGGACACUAAUGCUAGCCGCCGUCCCAUCGAUCGCCCAAGCUGAGCUUCUCUUCGAGCAAAUCCCGGAGAAGAGUAGCGCGUGCUGGGACGCCAUGCUCUCGUCCUACGCUCGAUCCGGCCGGCUGGAGAUCACCCGCAAGCUCUUCGAUCGCCUGCCAUCCAAGAGCGAGUUCUCGUGGAGCACCAUCCUCAGCUCUUACAGCGCCAGCUCCGACCACCAUCGCCAAACUUUCGAGCUCUUCGAUCUGAUGAAGAUGGACCAGGAACCUUGCGAAGUUUGCUUCGUGUCGCUGCUCAUCGCUUGCAGCCAUGGAGGGAGCGUGGCCCGCGGCCGACACCACUUCAUCUCCAUGGGAUUCGACUAUGGCCUCACUCCCACCAAGCAAAACUUUUGCUGCAUGAUCGAUCUCCUGGCUCGAGCUGGGCAUCUGGAGGACGCCAGAGAUCUCGUCGACCAUAUGCCUUUCCGGCCGUGCUCUCUCGACUGGACUUGCUUGCUUGGAGCUUGGAGAACUUACAAUGGUCCUGCCAAUGCGAAAGAAGUCCUGGCAUUCAAUCCUUCUUCGCCAUCUUCUUAUUCUCUCGUUGCAAACAUCUGUUCUUCGAGGUAA